GUGGUGGACGCUCCAGUGACGUCGGCAUGAAGCCUGAGGCGAUGGAUGAUGGCGACGCGACACAUGCAGAGGUGCCUCCCUGUGGCAUGUCCAAGAAUGGAUACUUCUUUCAGGAAAUGGAGCAGAGGGAGGGGGAGCCGGAUGGGGAACAGGAGGGCCCAGAAGAGGUCCAGGACUCGCCCAUCACCUCUGCAGAUGACGUCCAUCUUUACGACAACCAGGUCACCCCUGGAUCAGAGAGCGACGACUCCGGCUGCGUGCUGCUCAACACGUCCAGGAGGUACGUGAAGCUGAUGAACUUCGAGGAGGAAAUCCGCGCCCACCGAGACCUUGACGGCUUCCUGGCUCGGGCCAGCAUCCUUUUGGAUGAGACGGCGGCGUCGCUGGACGACGUCCUCAAGAGAAUGCUGAGACACGUCGGACAGGACGACAACGCCCCGGAGCCAGGGUGCAACUUUGAGGAGAUCAUGAGUUUGCUCUUCACCGACGCCGGCGCGCAGGAAGUCAACGACAUGUCUCACAGUUUUGUUUUCUUUGACGACGUUCACCUUCUGUCCGAGACCAUCCAGGGCGUGACGGCCACGGACACGGGAGUUCACUACCAGCAGUCCUGGCUCUGCAUACUGUGAGUCCCCGCAGGGCCGCACGC